CUCCCCCUCUUCAUCUCUCUCUCUCUCUCUCUCUCUCUCUCUCUCUCUCUCUCUCUCUCUCUCUCUCUCUCGCCACAUUGAGGCAACGACGCCCUCCCACCUCAUCUUCACCUUCUAUGGAGAGCUACACCAAGGAGGACAAACCAGAGAAGAAAUUGGACAGUGGAGAGAAGACGAAUGACGGAUCCAUGAGCUGGAAGCUCCCGUUCUUCGCACUGGUAACCCUCCGAUACAUGAGCGCGACAUCCAACAUCAUACACAACUGUGACGAGGUCUUUAAUUACUGGGAGCCUCUACAUUUUCUCCUCUUCAAAUCCGGAUUCCAGACCUGGGAAUACAGAGUGAAAGUUGGACUGCUACCGUUUGUUGACAUAGUUGUCUUGGCUUCAGAAAACAACCUUCUUUAUGUAAGCUCGUCUUGCGAUGGGUUCUUAUAUUUGCUGGUCUUAUAGAACUAUGUUGUAUUGCUAAGGUCGUGUUCCCUGUUACUCCAUAGCAUGGGCAUGUUUUCAGGCUCUUUCAAUUCCCCAUGACGUUAAUGUGACAUUCUGCACUAUCUAGUUUUUUAGUAUAAUUUGUCACUAUGAAAUACAGUUU